AUGCCAUCUCCACUAGAUGAACAGGCCAUAAGCCAACUACAGUCCCAACAGUCAGAACUGCUCGACAAGAUUGACGAGCUACGCGCUAUUGGGGUAGGAGGCCUUGUGGAAUUACCUCAAAUCAUCGUCUGUGGUAAUCAGUCGAGUGGGAAAAGCUCCGUGUUGGAGGCAAUCUCCAGAGUGCGCUUUCCAUCCAAGAGCAAUAUCUGCACUCGGUUUACGACCGAAGUCGUUCUUCGCCGAAGCCCACACAACAGAAUCAAAGUAUCAAUUGAGCCAGGGGAAUCCAGGAAGGAUGAGCAGGAACAGCAGAAGCUACGAGCCUUCACCUCCGAGUCCUUUCCCUCCAGUGGGGACCUUCCCACGCUGAUCGAAACCGCGAAGGAAUGCAUGGGGCUUUCCAGCACCGAUCCUUCAAGCACGGGAUUCAGCGACGAUGUGCUUAAAGUUGAGAUCUCGGGUCCUGAAAAGCCAGAGCUGACUCUGGUCGACCUUCCCGGGCUCUACUAUUCCAGCAGCAGCGAACAAACUGAGCAAGGAAUGAAGAUGGUUCAAAAGCUGACAGAGAAAUACAUGAAAAGCUCGCGGAGCAUCAUUCUAGCCGUCAUCAGUGCAAGAGCCGAUUACCAUGUCCAGAAAGUCUUGAACAUCGCUCAGUCUUUUGAUCCCAAAUACGAGAGAGUCUUGGGUAUUGUCACGCAGCCUGAUAUCCCCGAAGCGGGCUCGGAUGAAGAAGAAACCUAUGUACAAUUUAUUAAGAACGAAAAAGUCAAGCUGCAACUUGGAUGGCAUGUAUUGCGCAACCGCUCGUUUGAGACACGCAGCAUUUCCGAUGAUGCGCGAGAUGCUCAAGAAAAGAAGUUUUUCGAAAAAGGACGAUGGGCUUACCUCCCUCGGGACCAAGUUGGCAUUGAAAGUCUGAGGCAUCGUCUCAGCAAGAUUCUACUUGGUCAUAUUCGUCGCAAUCUUCCUGGUCUUAUUGCGGAUAUCCAGGAGAGGAUUUCUCGUAACGAGCAGACACUGGCAAAAAUGGGCGCGCCACGCACAACUCUUCAAGAGCAGCGCUAUUUCCUUGUCGAUAUCAGCAGCAGAUUUGCACGAAUCACAAACCAGGCCUUGAAUGGAUCGUACGUUGAUGAAUUUUUCGGUGGAUUCAAAGACCUUACGGCGACCACAGAAGAAUCUCCUUUCCGCCGACUGCGUGCAGUAGUUCGUGAGCUUAAUGAGUGCUUCGCUGAAGCGAUGAGCAUUCGCGGGAACCGGCGAAUCAUUCAGUUCCCUGGACAGCCAGCACCAACUGAGGACAUCGAGCAAGAGAGAUCCAAGCCUUACAUGGAUGAUUGGAUCCCGCAAUACAUUUCCCAGGAGUCUCUUGUGGACGAGAUCAAAGAACAAGCCCGGAAAAGUCGAGGAAUCGAGCUUCCAGGUAGUGUAAACCAGCUGCUUGUAGGGAGUUUGUUCCGGGAUCAGUGUGAGCCCUGGGAAGCAGUUGCUAAAUCUCAUUUGUUGAAUACUUGGGAUUCGGUUGAGUACUUUAUUCAGCUAGUGCUAAAGCACCUCACGGACGAUCACACCCGUCCCUUGCUCAUGCGACACCUCAUCGGACCGGAAAUGGAGAAGAUGAAAGAGUCUUUGUUAGCAAAGCUCAGCGAAUUGACUUCGUACACCAAAAGGGGCCAUCCGCUCCCCGUGGGGCAAUCAUUUUUUUCCAAGAUCCAGGAGUCCAGAAAGAAUCGGCAAAUUUCUGCAUUAAAACGGAGCCUCGGCUUGUCUGGAUCUUAUCCCCCAGCGGGAGAGGAUACUCGAAAUACCUUUGAUGUCCGAGAUCUGGAGCGAGCAACGUCCCAGCUACAGUCAUCCAGCGAUCAGUUUGCAGCUGCAGAAAUUAUUGAUCAAAUGCAGGCAUACUACGAGACUGCGAUCGUGACGUUUGUUGACAACGUCGCCAUCUUGGCCAUCGAAAAUUGCCUUCUUUGUCCUCUGGAGCAUAUUUUCACCGGCAAGACUGUGCUUGGCAUGGAUGAUCAACAAAUUCAAGAAAUUGCAGCAGAGCCAUCAAACAUUCAGAAGGAUCGAGAACGUCUGAAUGAAGAGCUCAAAAAGCUCCGAAAGGGAAGGCAGACUCUCAAUGCUUUCAGCAUCGCGGACUCUUUGCUGCGCGGCCGUCCUGUCUUGGGUAUUUACCUUCCAUUUAUCCGCUGGUGGAAUCAUAGGACUAAUCGAAACAUCAUUUCAGCAGGACUGUCAAUCACCCGAGCCCAUACUCCUAGCCCAACAGCCACGGCGACGAUAGCUCAGGCGGUGCCCAUUGCUCCUCGCUCUGGUCUCUUCCCGCAAGUUUCAACUCCUGCCACCGGUAAGUAG